CUCCCCCUCGGCCUCAGGAAAUAGGCAUACCCAGAAUCAUUUGCCCCGCCCAGGCUUGCAGGAGAACCAAGAGGACGUCAGCCUACCUGUCAGUUGCAGUCAUUUCUAAAUCCAUGAGAAUCGGUUCUGUUUCGGUGAGACCCCUGUCCUGACAGGAGGGAAUAUCUUGAGUCGUUUACAGUGUUUGUUUCAGCAUGGACAGCGAGGGGAGAAAAGUAGUGGUCUGUGACAAUGGGACAGGGGUAAGUCAAUGGUCGAAAGUGUCUAUGUUGUUUUAUACAGAAUGCUUGCCCGCUCUUUAACAGCUUUGCUUCUUCUUUACAGUGGAAUCAAGCGUCUUAUCAAAAAGAUAUUGCAAUGAUUUUUGAUGCAAACAUACACCAGAUGUGUAACAGAACUGCAUUUCAGUUGGUAGAAGUUUACCUCUGGAUCAACUCAAAUCUGCAGGGUGUGAAUCUGUGCUGCAUACUCCUGCCUGAUCCCACAUCUGUCUGGACUUGUUGCUCUGCCUCUAAGGUGCACACACCGCCAUAAAAGGCUGUGAUGCUUUGAACUGAGUAGCAAUUGGAUAAACAGUAGGAAGAGACAUUAGGGGAACUAAAAGGUCAUGAGUGCAUCUUUAGUUCUGAUUGUGGCAUUUAAAUGUUCAACUCUAUGCGUUGUAGUCAGAAUCGACAUGAGAUAUGAACCACACCUGUAUUCAUGGGCCAGCUGGGUCUAUAUUUUACCCUUUUGCUUGGAAUGCAUUGUAUCCCUGCAGGCUAAGGAAUGUGCACGGUGGUCACAAAAACAUGUUGAGACACUGCAGUAUGAGCUGAAGUCAUGGCAGGCAGAGGAUGAGACAGUGUGUGGGGAACUGCAUCUGAAAGCUUCGCAACAUGUAUUUCUCUGUGCUGGCGAACGAGUGAUCCCACAUGAUGUCAAAAGAGUGAUAGAAUAAAAAUAAAUAAAUCAGAAGAAUUGUAUAAAUGCAUACUAAUGAUAAACUCUGGAGAAUUUCCAAGUAUGCAGACCAAGCCAAGUGUAGGGAUUCACAGAAAUGAUCCACACAAGUGAUUAUGAAAGAAUACAAUCAAUUCACAUGGUUCAAUUUAUGGCUACGAAAGUAAAUGCUCAGUUUUAUUUGACUCACAAAAAUGAGAACUUAAAAAAACCUAAGUCCUACUUCCUAUUUCAGUUCGUCAAGUGUGGUUUUGCCGGAUCCAACUUCCCCGAACACAUCUUUCCGGCCAUGGUGGGUCGACCAAUCAUACGAUCGACCACCAAAGUGGGCAACAUUGAAAUAAAGGUAAGGUUAUAUUAAGCAAAAAGACGACCCCCUCUCUAUUCUCUUUCACUAAACCAUGGUGGCCGAAACCAAUGUACCACCAUUCCUCAAUACAUCUAUAUGUAUUGGAUAUUGAGAGAAAAUUGAUGAUAGUAUUCAGCUUUUUGUUUGAAGACGUUGACUUCAUUGUUAGUCAUGAUUUUCAGUCUAGUAAAAGCAACAUUUACCAUCAAAUUUAAAGAUAUCUAAAUAAAUCUCCUUAAUCUCCUUACUCUUUUACCUUGUUUAAAUUUAGACUACAGGACUUUUACUCAGAGUGGGAUGUAUUUCACAGUGUGCCAUUGGUUUCCCUAAUUAAAGGAUCUCAUUACUCCCACAUCCACUGUCACCAUGUGGUUGUAUUCUAUUUAAAGCAAAGUGACUGACAGUCUGUUGUGUCUAGACGCACACUGUAAGACUUGCUCAGCUCAUUAAACACCUGACCUACUGUACCUCCUCUCCUUUACAGUAAGUGCUUUACACCUGCAGCAACACGGUUCAGUUUAAGGACGGAUCAAUCAGACGCUUGUCCUUAUCAAACAGCAAACUGUUAGACAUUUCAAAGAAUGACAGAGAGACAAAUGUUGAUAUUAAUGUAAAAAAAUAAGUCAAUUAUAAUACGAAUUUAUCAACACGUACAAAGGCAAACAUUGACGGCAGCCACAAAUGGGAUAAACAUUUCUUUCUAACGCAGGACUUUAAUAAAUAAUAAAAUAAAGUUUUUCAGUCCUUAUAAAGAUUGAUUUUCUACAAUAAUCACCAGGACCUGAUGGUGGGUGAUGAGGCCAGCGAAUGUCGCUCCUUACUGGAGGUGUCCUAUCCCAUGGAAAACGGCAUGGUGCGCUGCUGGGACGACAUGCUCCACCUGUGGGACCACACCUUUGGCCCUGACCGCCUGGACAUCGACCCGAAAGAGUGCAAGGUGGGAACAUAGAAGCCCCAGUGUUGUAGUGUUUGUGUUUUUAUAAAUUGGAAUAAAAAAUGUAAAGAGGGAGUUUUAUUACUGCUGUUAAAUUUUCUUUGACACUAGCAAAACCCACUUUAAAAUAAGAGUACAUCUGUGUUUAAUCUGAAUUUUUCCUUCUCCAAGAUCUUGCUGACUGAGCCGCCCAUGAAUCCCACCAAGAACCGAGAGAAGAUCACAGAGGUCAUGUUCGAGAAGUACCAGUUCCACAGCAUUUAUGUGGCAAUUCAGGCUGUGCUGACUUUGUACGCUCAAGGUAUCACAUCGAAACUCAACCUUCUCAUCUUUACACCGUGUGCUAUGUUAAAUCUGAUUAUUUGAUUAUUUGAUCUGUGUUCUGUUUGCAGGUUUGCUGACAGGUGUAGUCAUCGACUCAGGGGAUGGUGUCACCCACAUCUGUCCGGUGUAUGAGGGCUACUCUUUGCCCCACCUCACACGCAGGUUGGACAUCGCAGGACGUGAUAUCACACGCUACCUCAUAAAAGUGAGACUCGGUUGUACCUGGAAAAUAUGGGAAACCUCUGUUCCUUUAUCUGUUCCUAAACCUGCAUGAAAGGAUAAAUGACAAAAUCUGGAUUGGUGUAUAUUUAGAUUUUUAUUUUCCUGUAAUUAGCUCCUGCUUCUCCGGGGCUACGCCUUCAACCACACGGCUGACUUUGAGACUGUUCGUAUGCUGAAAGAGAAGCUCUGCUAUGUGGGGUACAACAUCGAACAGGAACAACGCCUAGCUACAGAGACUACCGUUCUGGUGGAGACGUUCAUGGUAUGUUGUGGGAGGGAAACGAUUUACAAAAGGGGUAGAAAAGAGUCUGUGCCAAAACACAUUAAAGUUGGGCAAUGUUCUGCUCAAUUUGUGAUGUCACCAAUUGCGAAUCCACCUUAAAGAACAUAAUAAACAUAGCAUUUACCCGACAGAAACGUUCCUUUGUUUGCUCUGGAUUUAUUUGUCCCUUUCCAAAGUCAGAUUUGGCGUCCAAAAUGUAUGACCAUAGAAUUUGUCAAAAACAAAACAAAGAAACACAACUUUGUAGCUUGGCAACAGUGGGGGAGGCUUCUAGAGGGCUGAGCUGGAGUAACCAAAAUGAAUCACUUCCGACAAAGUCUGAAUUUAGGAAUCUUGUAAAGCUACCACAAACCACAAUAAUCCCCCACUUUGGCCAUGUUCACACUGCAGGUCAAUUCCGAUUUUUUAACCAUAUGUGACACAUAUCUGAUUUUUUCAUCUAAGUGUGUCAUUUUCCAAAAAAACACUUGUAUAAGAAUUAGCACAUCAAGAACUAGCCAUAAUGACAGACAGCAUGUCUGGGAAAAAUGUAUUUGAUGUGAAAUUUGAUUUUAAAGUUUGACAUAUGUCCCAUCUGUUUACAUGGAGCCAAGCUUAACGGCCUGUCAGACAGCAGGGGAGCUAUUUCAUUGGCCCCCUCCUGCUUUCACCAAUCUUAGAUAUUAAAAAUUACAAUAUAAAAGUUGCCAAUCUUGUCACUAAUGAUUUUAUCGGCUUGUGUAGAUUAUAAAUAUGAAUUUUAGUCGAUUUCAUUACAUUAAAAACUCCCCACUGGAGCUUUAAAUCUGAAAUGUUUAGAUUUUCAUUGGUCUGAUUUCUUCCUAUGAUGCAGCUUCCAGACGGGCGGCAGGUGAAAGUGGGAGGUGAGAGAUUCGGAGCCCCUGAAGCUCUCUUCCAGCCUCAUCUCAUCAACAUUGAGGGGGCAGGAGUGGCUGAGCUGCUGUUCAACACCAUCCAGGCUGCAGACAUUGACCUCAGGUCUGAGUCUGCCCACUUCUGUCUUUACUAAUGCCUUUUUAAAUACUGUAUUUACACACAAAGCACAUCAUUUCUCACCCUGUUAUAUUACCUUUGUGUUCAGGCCAGAUUUCUAUAAGCACAUCGUCCUGUCGGGAGGGACCACCAUGUACCCUGGCCUUCCAUCGAGGCUGGAGAGAGAAAUCAAGCAGCUGUACCUGGAGAGAGUGCUGGAUGGAGACACACAGAAACUAUCGGUAAGAAGUGCUUCAGUGUAGAGAGAUACAGAGGAGCUUAACUCUUUUAUAAUCUGCAAUUUAAAAAUACAGGACGUUAAAUAAGAUGUUGCACAACUCUUGAUACGCUUUGAUACCUUUAAAUACAUUUGAUAACCCUUUGAAAUAGCAAUAUAAUCUGUAGCAUCACCCUUAAAGCUUUAAUUAUAUGUUUUCCACUAAUAUGAUAAAUCUUACAAAGAAAUGAUGUAAUAUUCUUUUAAAGUCCUUGUAAAGUUAAUACAUUUUUGGAAAAGGAGACCCACUGGUUUACACAGUCUUUAGGAUUAUGAUUGAAAAUAGGUGGAUGAUAAACUGUUGAAAAGGUUCAAUCACAGGAGAGUUUGGUUAAAUUUAAGACAAAUUUAAGUAUAAAAAUAGCCGAGGUAUCCUAAGCUAUCUGACUUAUAGCUUUAUCUAAGAUAUCUGGCCCAAUCCAAGGUUUUAAAAAAUUAAAAAAUAGGGAAUGCUUUAAGAGUCACUACCAUUAAUAACACACUGCUUCACACUCAGUUUUACUUAAAGCUCCUGUGAGGACUUUCAGAGUGGUCUACUGUGUCUUAAAAAGUUAACAAAACCAUUAAAAUGAAGAGUCUCUGUUCCUAUAAAUUGAUUUUUAGUGUCGAAACAGCUGGCGGGGAGUGGUUGUCAGAUUAUUUGUCAAGAACACCAACUAUUCGUCCGAAGUGCAAAGACAACUUUGUCCACAGGAGGCGCCAAAAUCAACACAGACCUAAAAUUCCUUACAGGAGUUUAAAACAUGCAAAUUUUACAAAAGGGUUGGAUGCUUGUUUUCUAGUCGGUACAUUUUUAGUGAGCCUGUUUAUGCUAGCAUAGAUUGGAAUCAAAUUUGGUAUCACAGUUACAAUUAAGCAAUGUUGUAUAAAGCGAGUUAGGCUAGCUAGCUCUGGUGCUAGCCAACUUCAGGUUUGCAAAGCCCUGGUUUUUUCCAGCCCAACCUAUCUGGCUCCAGAUACCCCAAAACAGCUGUUAUCAUGGUUAUCAUACUAUCAUAAUUCUAUGCAAAUAUUAAGGUCCUUUCACACCGCGACCGUUUUUGUCGCGUGAUAAAUUUUUUCAAACCUGUAUCCUGUCAAUACAAGCGUUCACAUCAGCGACGUUUUCCCGUCCUGCGAUAUUGCGGCAUUUAUUUUUUCGGAUCACGGUCGAUUUUUCUAAAGUUUUGCAUACUGUGUGUCCACUUCUGACCAAUCAGAUUUCGUGUUGUUGCGAUGUUAGAUUCACCGGUAUAUCCAACAUGGCCGACCGGCUGAUUGUUUACGUGUCGGAGAACAGAGUGCGUUUUGAUAAAAGACACAAACACUACAAAGAUAAUGACCCGAAGGACAACAUAGUGUUGGAUUUCUCAUAUGACGAUGGUUUUUGUGCUUUAACAGUUUGCUAAAUGUCUUUGUUUUAACUUUCAUCUGUGCUAAAGUAUGCUAACGGUUGUUACCAUAGUUUCAUGUGCUUAUUUUAUCACCUUUGAUUGGCUAUAAGUCCUGACUGUUUGGCUGCGUCUUUUCCCCCCGAAAGUCACAAAAUUGCAUCGGGCUUGAUAUGUACAGUCAGGCCUGUCAAAAUUCACCUCCAAAUAUUUCGUAAUUUCGUGUUCUAUAUCCGCGUCGGCCCCGGUGUGUAAGGACCUUAAGGGUGAUAAUAGCAUAAACAUGUACACUGAAUAUUUGCCUCUUUUCCGUCACUUUCGUAGAAGUUUAAGAUCCGCAUCGAGGACCCUCCCCGGCGUAAACACAUGGUGUUCCUGGGCGGAGCCGUGCUGGCCAACAUCAUGAAAGACAAGGACACCUUCUGGCUGUCGAAGCAGGAGUACGACGAGAAAGGCCUGGGCGUGCUGCAGAAACUGGGAGGUGGAGUCAGAUAAAAUUGACGUAAAAACACAGAUAUCUUAAACAUUUUUGGAGCAUCUUUUCAACCCCCUCCCAAUGGCCAAAUUACCGUAAAUACCUGAAUAUUCGGGACCUAUUGAAUCAACAGGAUAUUUUUUAUAGAGUGAUAGAGAAAUUGGUUGUAUUUUAGUGUUUUCAGAGAUAGCUAAUCUCAAACCUUGCAGUGAAUUUAAGGGACUUUAUGCAACCGGAUUAUAGCGACUGAAAAUGUAAAACUGUUGAGGGAACAUGGUUGUUGUUUAUGGAAUAAAGUCCAACUGUGAGAGGAGUCAUUUCUGUCUCAGAGCCUUAAAAUAAAUCUUCUCCGACAUGCUAAUAAACAUUUUAAAAAAGGUGUCAGAUAUGCUUUUUUGACAUUUAAAUAAAUCAAUUGCAAACCUUGACCAAAUAAAA